CUGCCGCCGCUGGUGACAAGGGCGCCCUGCCGCAUCCGCCGGGGAAGGACAUCGCCGGCUGGGUGGAAAGCAGCCUGGUGGUUCGCGACAAGGUCAAGGCUUGGGAAAAGCUCUUGCAGCGCGAGCUGCUUCUAUGGGCAUGUUCCGCAGAAGAUCCUGCGGAAGCCUCUCCCGCACCUGCUACUGCUGCCGCUGCCGCUGCUACUGCCACUGCUGCAGCAUCAGCUAGGCCGCUGGAAUCAGCAUGUCUGGAACCCAAUGGGCAGGAUAAAACCAAGACCGGCAAAACCAGUAGCAGCGGUGUCGGCGCCGGUGCCCUUGCCGCCGGCAAUCCUGUCUCACAGCAGGACCCGAAGCAAUGCCCGACGCUGCCGUCGGGGGUUGGUAUCGUACGGCUGUAUGGCCCCUGGAAGGGAUGCCUUCGAGCCAUCCAAGAUGAGCUGGCGACGGAUGUAUAUCAUCAGCACGACGAGAUGCAGCGGGCUUGGGAAGCGGCACAUGAUGGGGAAAAGGUUACCGGUUUGAAAUUCCUGCAAAAGCUGCCCGCCAUCUUCUUCAACUUCUCGCGGCAUGGCAUAACCGCGCUCGGCAAUACAAUAGUACGGUACUUGUCAGCCGUACAAGAGCGUUAUCGCGAGCGGUACGCGGAGGCGGUGCAGCGGGCGGCUGCGGCUGCAGCUAAUCAAGCUACUGCCGCUGCGCCCUCCCAAGAACGAUCUGGUCGAGAGAAGGCGCGCGAAGAAGGCGAUGAGAACCCAGCCUUCCCGCCGCAGCGUACAGUGCUGGUCGAUGGACUGACCUUCAGCCUGGACCCCAGUCGACCCGAUCCAUCCUUCAGCCUCAUCCCUUUUUCAUACAUGGAUGAUGAACGCCUGCUGGACGCAAUUAGUGAUCUGAAGGACAACGAUCAAGUGAACCCGGAUCUGGUGCGCGGCCUGGAGUUUGGCGUGGGAAUUCACCAUGGUGGCCUAAACAAGCAAUACCGCACCACAGUUGAAACGCUGUUCAGGGCCAAGAUUCUGCAGGUGGUGAUUGCCACCGGCACGCUGGCCAUGGGCGUUCACAUGCCGUGCCGUACGGUAGUCAUGUUAGGCGAUAGUCCUCAUCUGGAUGCGCUCAACUAUCGACAGAUGAUUGGUCGCAGCGGCCGUCGCGGACUGGACACCUUGGGUCAUGCGCUGUUCUACGGGCUGUCGCUGCACAGAGUGCACAGGCUAAGGACCUCGGCUAUGCCGCGCGUGCACGGCCAGAUGCUGGUCACGCCGACCACCACGCUGCGCUUGCUGCUGCUGGAAGAGCAGCUGCGCCUCAACGCUGCCGGCGGCGCCUGCGGCCAGGCUGCCACUGCCGCAACAGCCACCGCCAGCAGUCGCAACGGCGGCCCCGCCGUCGAUAUGGCACUGAAAAUGGUGUCGGAGCCCUUCAUGGCUGUGGUUGAUGCACCGUCGUACAUUGCCGCUGACGCCACUGACGCCGCCGCGUGGUGCCAACGUCAGCACCUUGCCGCCGCCGGGCCCGACGCUGCGGCCGGGGCCGUACUACCGGCGCCGGCGCCGCCGUUCACCAGCACGAGUCGUCAGCUCAUGCGCCACACGCUGGGGCUAUCGCUUGUUUACCUGCUCCGAAACCGGAUGCUGGAUCCCGCCACCGGGCGGCUUCGGGGCCUUGCGGGCCUGGCGACGCAUCUGUUUUGGACUGAGCCAGCAAACCUGGUGCUCUGUCGGCUGAUUCAUGGCGGCGUGUUUGCGCGGCUGUGCAAACAGCUACGGGGUCGGGAGCUCAAGGACGCGACGAUGACGCUCCUCGCUCACUUGUUCAUCCGGUGGGUGGUGGGGUGGUGGGCGGCGGGUGGCGGGUGGGUUAGGUAA